UUGUAUCCGCCAUUUUAUCCUGAUUAUGUUUUUGUAUGUUAGUAAGACUGCUGUCCUUCUUUCUAGGAUUCCAGUGAAGUGGGUGGUUCCAGCUGGAAGGAUUGAAAAUCCUCCUGAAAGAGUCACAGAUUUGCAGAGAAAAGCAACUGAGUAGAAGCAGGUAAGGACUCCUCGGUGGGAUCUGAUAAACUGGAAAUUUCAAGCUUACAUUGUUUUGCGAGACCCUCAAGAAACAUGGACAACGAAACAAAGUUUAUGAUAACUUGUAUGCUUUUUACAGUCAUCUGUAGCUCCGUGUCCAGUGAUGAAUGGAAGGCCACUGUUGUAAAAAGCAUUGAUGCUCUGGUUACAUCCUGUGUUGUGGUACCAUGUUCAUUCUUCCAUACUGGAGGAAACCUGCCCUCCUCCAGACUCAGAGGAAUCUGGCAUGAAAAAGAUGGCAUAAAAAAAACCAUCUAUCAUGAGGAUCCUACACUGAUUAAGGACAGCUUUAAGGAAAGAACAAAGAUGUUGGGACGUCUGGGCCAGAACAACUGCACCUUAGAAAUAACUGGAGUUAAAGAUUAUGACUACGGUCCUUUCUGUUUCCGGGUUGAACUAGUGCGAACAGAAAACAAUGACCCCACCAAGGACAUGUUCUCCUUUGUUGAAGACUGUGUCGAGUUGAACAUGCUCACUGAGCCUCCAAAGCCUGCAGUGAUUAAACUUCAGACAGCCACUAAAGGAGAGCCCUACACUGUCACCUGUUCAGUCAUCCACACCUGCCCCACUCAUGUUCCUAAACUCACAUGGAAUCUGGAUAGUACAAAGGUCACUGUGCAUCAUAAAGAUAUUAAACAAGGAAACUGGGAGACACAGUCCAUCCUGACAUUUAUUCCUGAGGAGGAUGACAACAGAGAGAUAACCUGCACUGCUGAAUUUAAUGGAGGCCUGAAAUCAUCUUUUACUUUCACACUCCAUGUAAAACGUAUUGAGAACUAUAAUCACAUCAUCAUUCCUGCUGUAGUAGGGAUUGGUACAGCUCUGCUCUUUGGCAUCCCCUGCAUUUUAAUGGCAAAUAAAUACAAGAACCGUAUUGCAGAGCUUCAAAAUCAAGAAGGAACGGGAAGACACUGAAGGCAAUGAAAUGAAAUCAAGGGGACCAAAGUCAAAUGGUUACAUCCUUUUUUUUCCAUUCGCUUGCAAAACACAAAAAUUGAAUAUGAAAAAGUAUCAAAAUAUAAAGAGGGGAAUGGCUUUUUUUUCAACAGUUAGCCUCUAACAUUUUUUAAUCAACUAAUAUGAUGCUUUCUCUUUGUUUUCAUACUUUAAAGGUUGCACUAUUGUGUUUCCCAGAAAUGUUAACUGCGCAUGUAGCAAUGCGAGCCCACCACUUCCUGUUUUCUAAAUCGAUUUAUCAAUACUGUAAAACUGUUUUUGAACAUUUAAUCUUCACUUAUGCUGAGACUGAAUUUAUUGCUGCUUAUUGCUUGAACGGCAAAGACCUUCAGUAUUCAGUAAAAUUUUAACUUUAACUUUUAACUUACAACUGCAUAAUAUUCGACAGCGAAUAAGUUAACUUUUUCAUUCAAAUAGAUUGUGAAUACAGUGUGUGUUGCAUGUUACUGUUAAAUUGAGGAGGAGAUCAAAUAACAAGAUAUCUGCUCUGUUAUACACAUAUGUGUAGCUCUUAACUGUGAUUUAAGAACACGUCACAAAGGUCAUAAAGCUUCAUUUAUAUAUUAUUAAAGAUAUUUAAAGAUACAAUAUAUGAAUAUACACAAAAUGUUUGAAUGAAUUGUUUGUUUGUCUCACUCAUAUUUUAUUAUUCGUAAAUGGUAAAUGGACAAUAUAAGCACUUUAUACACCCAUUGACACAAGCAUUUUCUUCUAUGCUUAAGUGCUUUCUGUCUAGCAUUCACACACGUUAAUACUUCAUUUGAUUAAUGGCUAUUAUGAGGGGAAAAAUUAUGUGUAGUGAUUAAUUUUUGGUUAAUUGGUGCUACCUGUGUACACACCCUCUGCAGAUGGCUUAUGAUAACACCUGCUGUAUAUUCUGAGUGACACCAUUACUUGAGCAUUGUGAAGCUUUAAGUUUUAUAAACACUGUUUAUAUUUUGUAACAUGUUUUAUAAAUGUAUGUUAUGAACACAUUUUUAUAAAACCGUAAUCUACUUUCCCAACAUGUUGAGUCUGUUCAUUUGGAUGUAGCGUUUUCAGUGGGAGAAAAAUGUUGUCACUCAUCCAAGUGCCUUCUUUAGUCUCAGCUGGCUGCAGGGAGAUUCCCCAACCCUUAAAAACAAUAUAUUUGCAUAAUGACUGAAACUAGCACCACUGACAAACAAUUGUCUUAGGUCAGUUUCAUGACCAUCAAUACGCAAAUUGUCAUAACCCCCUGACCAAUGAUCAUCGAUCAAUGGUCAACGGUCGCAUGACUAAAAAAUCAUCUUAAAAUGGGCCAAGUGUAUGCCUAUCUUACGAUGGUGAAAGACGUACCCUUAGGCCCCCUCCUUGAUUCAGAGAUGGUCUUUCCCUUUUCCUUGACUCCUUGCUCAAACCAGUGUCCAUUCCUGUGCUGCUUUGCACAGCUGUUGCCAUGUCCCCUUUCACUGUCCCAUGAGGGCUCCAUCAUCUCUCCGGCCAGGCGCUCUUGUUGGUCUUUGGUGGCCAAAAGACUCACUCUGAUUGGUCAAUGGCAGACUACUUCCAGGGCAUGAACUCUCACGGGUGAGACUAUUCAUUGGCUGUGUCCAAAUUCAGGGGCUGCAUCCUUGCUGCAAAGACCGGAAGUGUAAAGCAGUUUCUGUUGCCUACUUACUUGAGGGUGGUAGCAAGGAAACACUGAAGGGAGCCACUGAGUUAGUCUCUGUAAGAAAAGUGAGCAACUGAAGGGUGGACAGAUAGAUGUGUUGAAUAAGUCUUUGAAAGAGAAUAUCUGGAGAAGAGAAGCCAGCUAGUAGGCAACAGGCAAGACCAAUGGAUGCACAGGAACAGCACAGGGGAUUGCAAAUGUAUGCACUGGGAUAAUAUGAGAAGACACUAGCGCUACAAAAGAACCUGAUAACCACACUGGAGUGGAGAAAAUGAGAAAUCUUAGCGAUAACAGGAGUCUCAAACUGCAGUCCUCGAGGGCCGGUGUUCUGAGACUUUUCCAUGUGUCCUUGUUGCAACAGACCUGAAUACAAUUAGUAGGUCAUUAGCAAGUGUAUAGAACUUGACUGCAUGCUGAAGUGGCAACC